GCCACUGUUUCCGGGUCAUCAUUUCAUCGCCAUUUUACUGCUAAGAAGCAGAAGUGAAGAGGAUUCAGAGGAGAGAGAUGUGGGAUCAGGGAGGACAGCCCUGGCCUCAGUGGCCCCUGGGCUCACAGCAGCAGUGGAUGCAGUCAUUUCAGCAUCAGCAAGAUCCAGGUCAAGUGGACUGGGCUGCUUUAGCACAAGCAUGGAUUGCACAGAAGGAAUCCACUGGAGUUCCUGAUCAGCCAGGGAUUCAGCCCAAUGGCCAGGAGAUGCCAAACAUGGAGCCUCCAGCCCAUAAUAACCAUGGUGCCUUUCCAGGCGAUCCAAGUUUUGGCAGAGGUUGGCAACCAGAGUGGGGAAUGCAUAGCCAGCCACCACCUCCCCCUCCUCCAGAACAAGCAUGGAUUCCUUCAGGUCAAGGGCCAAUGGAUGUUGUCAACCCCUCAGAAGACAGUAACAGCCAGGAUAGUUUGGAUUUUCCGGUAGAAACACGCCAUGGAGGCUUUCCUCAAAACAGCCAUGGAUUUGGGAGUCAGCCUGAGCCUUAUUCUAUAGGCCCAAUUGGGGUCAAUCAGUUUGAUUAUCAGCAUGGGGCAGCGCCAACGGGGACAUCAUAUGGGCCACCAUCCACCGGGUUUCAUGCACCUUAUUGGCCUGAUGGGCCGCAGAACAGAAGAGACCGGCUUCCUGCCUUUAGGCCAGAACGGCCCAGAUCUCCCAAUCAGAUGGCAAUAAAACCAGAGACGACGCCCACUCUUGAUGCUGUUAAACGAAGAACCUUGCCUGCAUGGAUUCGAGAAGGCCUUGAAAAAAUGGAUCGUGAGAAGCAGAAAAAGAUGGAGAGGGAGAGGAUGGAAAAGGAGCGUGCUGAAAUGGCAAAUAAUGAAAGGGAUAGCGAUAUAGUAGAGGAGGAAGGUGAUGGGCCUCGGUUGCCACGCAAGAGCAAAUUUGACAGUGAUGAUGAGGAUGGUGAAGAGGAUGGUGCUGUGGAAGAUGGCGUAUCAGGAAGGAGGCUGGAAUUUGGUGGUAGAAGUCCUCCUCCUCUUCAAGAAGACCAAAGUGAACCAGAAAUGACAGAUGAGGAGAAAGAGUUUCAGCUGAUGGUUAUGACUAAAACUCUUCUUACCGAAGUCCUCCUCGAAGUCACCAAUGAGGAGAUCAUCCAAGUGGCCAAAGAGGCUCAUCGCAAAGCCACUAAAGCUCCUGCAAAACAGCUGGCACAGUCAAAUGCACUGGCUUCUCUGACCGGCCUCGGAGGGCUGGGUGAGUACGGCUCGGAUGAGAGUGAUGAUGAGGAGCGAAGCUUAAAGGGGUCGGACUCAUCGGACACAGACGAUGAGGAGUUGCUGCACCGUAUUCGCCAAAAGCAGGAUGCCUUCCGUCGUAAAGAGAGGGAGCAGCAGCAGCUGCAGGAGAGGCUGGCACUGGAGAUGCAAACUGUUAAGGAUGAUUUGGCAUCAGACCGAGUGAGCAGAGAAAGGACAGGUUAUGAGGAUGAGCAGACAGAUUCUAAACACAAACAGGAAGUUAGGGAAAGGGAGGCGGAGCCUACAGUAGAGCGCCGCAGAUCACGUAGUGAGCCUGAGGUCAGUGAGGUCAAGCGGACAAGCAAAGAGCACACAGGGCGUAACGGAGGCAGUGCCAGCCCCUCGCCGAGUGAGCGCCGCAGUCGCACAUCCAGUUCCAGUUCUUCCAGCAGCCGGUCCUCUUCAUCUUCCUCUUCCUCAGCCUCCUCUCGCAGCUCUUCCCGUUCCUCCUCUCCCAAAAGAAAAAGGCGACGCAGUCGUUCCGCCUCUCGUGGGACUCGCAGACGCAGCCGAAGUCGCAGCUCUCGCAGGCGUCAGUCAGAGCGGGACAAGGGCAGAGACAGGAGGCGGAGCAGCCGCACACGCAGCACCGAACGCUCCUCUCGACACAGAAAGCGCAGUCACUCACGGCAGCGCAGGUCCAGCAGGAGCCAUAGGAGCAGAUCUAAAGGCAGUCGCAGCCGCAGCAGAGAGAGGAGGCGCAGCAGGGACCGCAGACGCAGUCGCAGUACGAGCCGCAACAGGCGGAAACAGAAGGACAGCAGGGACAGAGACAGGAAGAAAGAGAGAAGCCGGAGCCAUGAGAAGGAAAAGAAGAAGAAAGAGAAGGAAUUAGAUAAAAAGAAAGACAAGCAGAAGGGAAAGGAGAAGGAGAUUGAGGGCAGUUCAGUAAGGGAUGAGGAAGAUUAUGGCAAAUCAAGGCGGAAAAAGGAGAGUGAGAAGACAGAUUCCCAUAAUGACAAGUAUUCCCGGCAAGACAGCAAAUCUAGCAAGAAAGGCUCCACUAAAGCUAGCAAAAAGUACUCAGAUUCAGAGUCUAGCAGGAGCAGGUCGCCUUCCCCUGAGGUUAGCAAAGAAAAAAAGUCUAAGAAAUCUAAACGUAGUCGAUCAAGGUCUACGGAACGGUCUCACAAGUCUGGUAAGAAGGCAAGCCGCAAACACAAGUCUAAGUCACGAUCAAGGUCAACGUCUCCCAGCCGCCGCAAGCGUUGAGGGGUAUUCAGCCUUUGAUCUGUGCACUUCUUUUAAAAUUCCAUGAGUUAACAGGCUUGUCUCAUUAUCGAGGCAACAUUGUAGGUGAACUCUCCACUCCAACCUCCCCUACUCCCCUCAUUUUGUAAAUAUGUGCUAUUUUUAAGUGUUGUCUUCAAAACAGGAGAUUUUGAACUAAAGUUUCUUUUUUUGCCUUGUAUUAUGCAAGCGUUCAAGUAGUCAAUAGAAGCUUGAAACUGUAACAUUUUAAAACCUAACACCAGAGGAAAUAAAUUCUCGUUUAAUGUAAAUUGUCCAAUAAAACAAGAAUGAUUCUUUCUGUCUGA